GCUGGCUUCAGUAUGUGACGACACAUUGUGGUGUGUUGUUGCAAUACGCUGUGGCAUACCUGCUCUCUCAAAAAUCCCCCAAACAGACCCGGUCUCGUCGCAGUGUGCAUGCGGUCCCCCCAUCAUCAUCUAACUGAUCCGACUCGAAGGACCAAAAAUCCGCCACCAAACCGGCCACAUUCGCAACAGUGUAAAUAUAUAUUUGACUCUUGAAUUCCGCUCUGGCCGGGACACCUCUCUCGCCUGCCAGCCACGUGAAAUCCGCUCAUUUUAAAACGUCAAAACGUUUUUCCCAGUGACCCCGCCGCAAACUGUGUGACUCUCAACAACACCCACAUGGAUCAGGGAUAUUCACCCACGAAGUUGUCCAUUGAGUGAUCCACGUUCGAAACAGAUGUUGGAGGCCACAACGAACUGAAACCACAAGAUGAUUCCCACCCGUAAAGAAGUGCAAUGCGAUGAACAUAAAAAGAUCAAACAAACCUACUUUGUAUCAGAUUGGGACCCUACGCGCGCUCUCCGAAUCAGAUAAACCCUGUGAUGGGAUCCAAUUGACCAUUGAACAAUCAAAUUCGGCAAAACAAACCAUCCAGAAGGUGUCCUUCUAUCUCCCAAACAGUAGUAACCUCAAAAGCGCAUGCUCCUAUGCUCCCCACACCAGAUCUCCCGUUUUGGUCUUGUUCAUCCCCGUUGGAGGUGACUGCUACAGCAUCCAGGACCAGUUCAUCCUGAGAUUGUUGCAUGCAGGCGUGCUGGUCACCUAUCAGACCACGGCCCUCAGGAUUCCCCUACUCAGGAUCUCGAAAGCUCAGCUGGCCUCCUUGUUGCUUCUUUUCUGCACGCUUGCCAUAGCGACGCGUUGCUAUGCAACAGCGACCUCCGUCCCUAAGUCUGUCUCAGGCUUAGCGCGACCACUUAGUCCAAUUCGUAAUUCCAAGGCACACUCUUCCAGUUUAACGUUAAGUAGGUUAAUUCUUCCGCAUUUUGUACAGAACAGACACGCUUCGAGGUUUCGUAGGGUGGUCGGCAGGACCAGCUCCACCAAUCUGGUGGCCGAAGAUCCUCUGGUGGAGGUGAAUCUGGUCGGCGAGAAGGGCUUUCGCGGUUCGAGGCCGUUUGGUAAUAGGGAUGGUGUUCAGAUCGGUGAGAAUUACAGUGAUGUCGUGAGUGUUACUGGUAACUUUACGCGUGUGCUCACUGAGAAACUGAACUACAGCAUUCCUGAGGUGGGCAGACUUGAUAAGCAGCUGUUCCAGGAGCAGGACAGGCGGCUGAUGCCGCCUGGUGAGAAUCAGGAUAACUAUUCAUCAUUGGACAAGUGGGGAGUUGUCGUGAGCAUCAUCGUCUCCAGUGUAGCGUUGACGGUGACACUUGGACUCAUCACGUGCAUUCUGAGCCACUACCGUGCGGGGACAGCUGCGCAGAGCGAAGGCACGGCGUCCGAUCCGAAUAACGCCGCGCUAACACCGACCUCUGCACCCAUGCUGUCGGUUGUGAGCGCCGGCGCGACAGCUGGCGUGGGCGGCAUGGAACGGUUGCGUGGCGGUAGGACGUCCGCCCGCGACCUGGCUGCCGCCAGAGAACAGCAGGUCAGACUGCACGCCCUACGAACGGAUCUAGCGGUCAAUCUCCCACCCAGUAUAGCGAUGCCUGACGGCGAGGACCAUCCUUAUUCGAAUGCCAGGAUACACAUACGAGAUGCUGAACAGGAAGCCGAAAUAUAUCAAAAGUGCAUCAGGCCACCCCCAAACCGCACCGUACUGGAAUCGGAAUCGCCGCCCCCUUACCGGUCAAGCUCUGCCGGCCUCCUGGGAUCCUCCAGCAGCUCGUCGAGUAGCGCAGACUGGACGCUAGGUGGCUCCAGCAACGCCCCGCUGGUCGAGCGGUGUCACUCAAUGUCUUCGACACACCGAAGAACGGACGCCGCUGGAACCAGCAAUCAAAAGACUGAUCUUUUACAAAGGACUGUUAAAAUAUUCACCGGAAAAAAAACCACCCCCCAAGCUCCCAGCCCCGCGCCCACGUUACCGGUGGUGGUGGUGCCCUCUAGGAGGCGGGACCAGAACCCCACCGCCCACAGGCCCAGCAAGGGCGGCGUCUGACGUUGCGUCCAAAAACUAGGCGAAGAAAUAUGUGAAUUAUAGUUUAAACGAUUCCAAAACCCCCCCUCUAUUAUCCAUAUAAAUAUAUAUAUAUUGCAACUUUAUAUAUGUUAAUAGAUCAACGAAGGAACGUUUAGUCAUUAAAUUAUAAAUAUGGUGGUGUUAGACACUCUUUUUAUGUGGUUUACUGUGUAAAACUAUCUUAUCCCGACAACGGACUGUCUAGCCAAAUAUAAAUGCUAUUUGUGUACUAUGUACAUGACUCGCUUAAUUGUCGAUGCUGUAAUGAAAAUGAAAUUUAUUCCUUUUCUGUAUAUUGUCAAUAUCUACAUUCCUGUGAAACUCAUUCGAUCCCUUCUUGUUAACGAAACUAACUCCCUCUUGAGUCACUCAUUUAAUGCUUAAUUCUCAUCUGUCAAAUAUGAAAUGUUACUCUCUAAGUUCCUAUAAUGUUUACAGAAUUUACUGUAAAAAUCCCCUAUUAUAUAUUGAAUUGAAAAACUAUCACAUGAACUUGGCAGCUAUUCCGCAGUUGAACUUUUUACUGUACUCUCAAAUUGUACUUGGCACAAGAGUAUUAAUGUUUCAAAAUAUUCUGCCAUAAGUGAUUAAUGUUUCAAAACAUUCUAUGUCACAAAUUCAACCAUUUUCUGUGACAAAUGCAUAAAUGUUACAGAAAAUUCUGUCACAAAAAUGUAAUAAUAAUCCAAAAUAUUAUUUGCCUCAAAUACACUAAUGUUUUAAAAAUAUAGACAAAAUAGAACUACUCACUGUACUUUUUUGCAUUCAAUAAUUACUACAUUCGUCAAAAAAGAUUGAAUUCCAGUCACAUUACUACACAAUUCAAAAAUCAUAAUGUACAAUAUCCAAUUUCUUGAUGGUGAGAAUUCACAAUAUAUUGAAUAUAUGAUUAACACGAUGGUGCUGUGGAAGGUUGAAAAUUCAAGAUAAAUGAUUAUUUAAACUUUUUUGAAAAAUUAUAAAUGAAACUAUUCUGGAUGUUAUUGAAAUUGUUUUUGUUCAUUCAAUAUCAAAACUGGCAUUCUGCCAUACCUUGUAGAAAUAUUCCAUCAAUUUCAAUAAAAUGUCAAUGAAUUAGAAAAAAUAAUGUAAGACACAAGGCUCAUUCUAACACUUGUUCAUUAAUUUAGAGCUCGUAGAAGAUUAUCACUGCCUUCUUCACUUGUAUUAUAAUAACUAUUAAAUAUUCACAAUAAUGAUUGUUGAAUUUAUGCAUUUCACAUGAUGCAAGCCUUAUGCCAAAAAAAAAUUUUACUGUAAUACUUUCAAAUCAAUGUUAGUGUAGCCAUGUCACAUGGUCCACCAAGGAGGUUUUUUCUGGCAAUUGGCAAUAUCUGUUAUGUUAGAGAUUGAAAUCUGAUCUAAAGAAUUUUGAAUUGACUCAGAGAGAUUUAUUUUGGAGUAUUAAUAUCAAGUAGAAGAUUAAACGUUUUUCGUAACUUCAACUGCGGACAUGCCUGCCCAAGUUGUAAAACAUCGAAAAAUUUACAAUAUAUAAGACAGAAAUUCAUUAAUUGCUGACAAGUUUUUACUCACUACAUGAAGCCUCAUUCCAUUACAAUCAGGUAUUUUCUACCCUAACUAAUACCUUUCAAAUCGCAUAUGUAUCGUAAACACUGAAACUGUUUGUUGAUAGUAGUGCAUUCUAUGUUUAAGAUUAUCUUAUUGUAAAAUUACAUGUCCGGCAUCAAUGAGUUUCUUGGAAUCUGCCUCUGAUCGAGUUGCAAUGGUGCGUGUCUGCAAAACUGGACAUUUUUAUUGCGUAACGCACGGUUUAGAAGCCGACUCAAUGUGAUCAAUAGCUUUUUCUAUAUUAGCAACAGACAGACAUACAUCGUAGCAAUUCGGCUUGACUGUAUGAAAUGUAUUGUAAAUUGAAAUCAAAAUUGUAUUUGGCAAAUGAUUUAGCACGAUCUUAUAUUUCAAGAUAAACAAACUAAGCAAAUGACGGUAGAACAUUGUUCUGUUUUUAAAUAUUGUUUAUUAAAAAAAUGAAAUGGGAUAUUUAAGUGCAACAACGGGAAGACUUGAGAUCCGAAAAGUUCAUCGGGUCUAUCUGAGAGUUUCCUUUAUGCUACAAGUGUUCAUAUUAUAGUCAACCCUCAAAAUAAUCAUCAUAUCCUUUGCAUUCGAAAACGACAAAAGUUUCUGCAAGCUCAAACCAUUUUCCUCUUAAUUGAUCAGUAUUUUUCAAUUGUUUCAAGAUGGUACCAUUCAGAGUUAAUCUUUGUAAUCAAUUCAAAAUGUGAAAGUGUUUUCCAAUAGGAAUUAUACAAUUUAAGGUUAUUACAAUACCAACUCUGUAUUAUUUUCAGACAUUUCUUAUGUGAUUUGUGUUCAGUAGGUAAUGCCAUUUAAUCUUGGAAAGAUUCAGACUGCGACAACUUUUAGAGAUUGUCCUAUCAAAAAUGAGCACUGAUUUUGAUAUAAAACAAUUUCUUAACGUUGUUUAAGUGUGUAUUUCCCCAUAAUUUAAUGGCACAAGAAAUGCCAAAAAAUAAGUCACCAUUCACUAUUUCAAAUUGUAUAAUUCCUAUUGGAAAACCCUUUAUUUUUGAUACAGCUGCAGCUUAGCGAUUAACUUUGUCAAAAAGUCUCAUUAAUAUGCCUUAAAAUCUUUCGAAUCACUUUUACUGCAAUUCUGGUUUAUGCUGUUGAGACUUGCCUUAAUUCCCAGUUAAAAUUUUACAAAAAAAUAUGUGGUAAAAUGAAAUUUUCGAAUGCAUAGGAUUUAGCAAAAUGUUAAAUUAUUUAAUUAUGUUGAAUACAAAUAUUGUAUAUGGUAGGGAGACAUUGUAUCAAAUAGAGCAUUAGCAAAUGUGAUGAUACUUCACUUGGGUUUCGUACAAACCUUUUUAUUUAUAUUUAUUUUUUGAUGGAGUAGCUUAGUUUGGGAUUCAAAAUCCAUUUAAAACUAUAUUUAGGGACAUUUGAAAUUGCGCACAAGAACUGUUGGAAGAAAACAUUCUGUGUAUUCAUUCUUUCUUUAUAUUAUUAGAUUUAGUGAUUUUAUUUAUUUCUUCAUUCGAAUUAGUCAUUAUAGUUAUAUGUAUAUAAUAUAUUUUUUCAAUAUUAUGUUUAUCUGAAGGUACAAAUAUGAAACCCAAGUGUUGGGAAGUCUUCAUAACAACAAGAAAAUUGUGAUUAUAAUUAAAUUUAUUAUAAUAUAAAUAACAAAUUAAUGAAAAUGUUUUGUAUUAGUGAAUUAUUAAUUAAAAUUAAUUGAAUUUUAAAUUUUGUUGAAUUUCUUUACUGAGAAGAGUUUUGUUAGGAGGGACAACAGUGUAAUGUGAUUCAAGAACCAUCAUUCAUAAGGAAAUAAAUCACUUUCAUUA